UGAAUGCCCUGCCACAUGUGUCGAGGGUCAGAGUUGGAAAAGUGUCCCUCUAUCUUUAGCUUGUAGCAGUGCUUGGCCUUUUUGAUGCCCCUCUUCAGGUUUGCUCUGGAUGUGCUGUAGGCUUGUGCAUCUCCUGAUCUGAAGGCAGUGUUGCGUGACUUCAACAGGAGUCGCACUUCCUUGUUCAUCCAAGGCUUCUGAUUUGGAUAUGUGGUGAUCUGUUUCUGGGUUGUAACACUGUCAAUGGUGGUAUUGAUAUGAUCCAAUACAGAGGAGGUGUAAGAGUCAAUGUCUGUGUGAGCACCACUGGUGGCUUGAGAAGCAAACAUACUCCAGUCUGUGUGUAGAAACAUUGGUAUCAUGGAUAUCUAAUCCAACACACAUGCAGCAUUUCACUGUUUUGCUAUUAGUUUUUGUACAUUACCGGAAUUUGUUAUGAAAUAUAAGAUGACUUCCUCUGAUAAACCAAACUGUGAUGUAAGUUGAAUCCUGUUGAGGGAGGAUUCAACCAGAUAAAUAUCUCAGUUCAGUCGAGUGUCAGAGUGUUUUCAGACAUUUUAAGCAUCACUAUCAUGAACCGAUGAAGAAAAUGCUUCUCAAAUUAGUUUUCUUCUGUUUGUUUUUGUGGCGUCUGGAUGGAGUGUUUGGUUUUACAGCAUGGGGAACAGAGUCAGUGAUGGAAGGAGAGUCUGUCACUCUGAGUGCAAGCACUGGUUUUGGUCUAAUACAGCAGGAUGAUUUGAUUCGGUGGUCGUUUGGGAAAUAUGUGAUAGUUGAUACCAAUGUAACGACCGGCAGCAUGACUGUAUAUGAUGAUAUUCUUGAUGGGAGAUUCAGAAACAGACUGAAGCUGGACAAUCAAACUGGAUCUCUGACCAUCACAAACACCACAACUGAACAUACUGGAGAUUAUGAAUUCCGGACCAUCAACAGACCGAUGGUUAUUGAUUACAUUCUCACUGUCUACAAAAAUAUAGCAGUGACGGAGGGAGACUCUGUUACUCUAAACAUUAAUCUUACUGAAAUAAGUCAAAAUGACAUUCUGUGGGAGAGUGAAACAGAAAAGUCUUUAAUAGCUCACCUCAACAGAACUGCUGGAAGAUUCUUCACAUAUGAUGUUCUUGAUGGGAGAUUCAGAGACAGACUGAAGCUGGACAAUCAAACCGGAUCUCUGACCAUCACAAACAUCACAACUAAACACGCUGGAGAUUAUAAACUAAUAAAUGCAGGAAAUCUAAAAGCAUUCAGAGUUUCUGUCUAUGCUCGUCUGCCGGUUCUCGUCAUCAGCAGAAACUCUUCAAACUGUUCUUCAUCAUCAUCUUCAUCAUCAUCAAACUGUUCAUUGUUGUGUUCAGUGGUGAAUGUGAGUCAUGUGACUCUCUCCUGGUACAAAGGAAACAGUUUAUUGUCCAGCAUCAGUGUGUCUGAUCUCAGCAUCAGUCUCUCUCUACCUCUGGAGGUGGAAUAUCAGGAUAAAAACACCUACAGCUGUGUGCUCAACAAUCCCAUCAGCAACCAGACUCAACAUCUGGACAUCAGUCGACUCUGUCACACAUGUUCAGACUCUGUCCACUGUUGUGGUUCUACUGAAGCUGUGAUCCGAUUGGUCCUCUCUGCUCUGGUGGGCGUGGCUACUGUCGUCAUUCUGGUUUAUGACAUCAGAUCCAGAAGAGCUGAACAGGAUCGAGCACAUAUUCACACAUCAGGUGGCUCAUUUCCUCCCUAGAAGAUGAUUUGAGGACAAACUGUAACAUUCUCACAUUAAUGCUUAAAAUGCGAGUGUUUGUAAUAAUACAUAUUGAAGAUUUAUAAACAUUGCUUUUGCUCAUGCUAGAUUAUUUGAAAUAGCAUGCUUUAAUUUCUAAUGAUAUUUUAUGAUCUAAUCUUCUCCUCCAGUUUGAAAGGUUUUAUUGUUUAUAUUUUCUUCAGAUAAGACACACAGAUCUCACUUGACUGCUGUGUAUUUGCCAUCUGCAUUUAAUUGCAUUUAUCAAUAAAG